AGUCCCCUGUCCUCCCCACUGCCACUAUGGCCACCCACCGCCUCGUGAUAGUCCGGCAUGGCGAGAGCACAUGGAACCAGGAGAACCGUUUCUGUGGCUGGUUUGAUGCAGAGCUUAGUGAGAAAGGGGCCGAGGAGGCCAAGAGGGGAGCCAAAGCCAUCAAGGAUGCCAAGAUGGAGUUUGACAUCUGCUACACGUCGGUGCUGAAGCGGGCCAUCCGCACCCUCUGGGUCAUUCUAGAUGGCACAGACCAGAUGUGGCUACCUGUGGUGCGCACCUGGCGUCUCAACGAGCGGCACUACGGGGGCCUCACGGGCCUCAACAAGGCAGAGACGGCCGCCAAGCAUGGGGAGGAACAGGUGAAGAUCUGGAGGCGCUCCUUUGACAUCCCUCCGCCCCCUAUGGAUGACAAGCACGCCUACUACAACUUCAUCAGCAAGGAUCGUCGGUAUGCAGGCCUGAAGGCUGGGGAACUGCCCACCUGCGAGAGCCUCAAGGACACCAUUGCCCGGGCUCUGCCCUUCUGGAAUGAGGAGAUUGUUCCCCAGAUCACAGCCGGCAAGAGGGUGCUCAUUGCAGCCCAUGGGAACAGCCUGCGAGGCAUCGUCAAACACUUGGAAGGGAUGUCGGACCAGGCGAUCAUGGAGCUGAACCUGCCCACAGGGAUCCCCAUCGUGUAUGAGCUGGACAAAUCACUGAAGCCCACCAAGCCCAUGCAGUUCCUGGGUGAUGAGGAGACGGUGCGGAAGGCCAUGGAGGCUGUGGCUGCCCAGGGCAAGGCCAAGUGAGGGGUGGGCUUGGGCAAUAAAGGCACCUCCUCCCAC